GAGGAGGGAGGAGAGAGAGGCACCGACCACAGCAGCAGCAUGACCAGAAACCUCCACAGCAAACAGACCUGACCACUUUGACACUGCGCUCCUGUGGAAGCCACUAGAGAGACGCCACGGUUUCCAAGGCUGACACGUACAAUUUCACAACCGAAGAAGACGAUCCAACUUCAAAAAGCAGGGCGCUUCAAAACACUGAUCAGACAUGGUGGACACCCAGCAGCUCCUAGCCUGGCCUGUCGGUUUCAGUCUCAACACCGUGGACCUGUCAGAGCUGGACGACAGCUCCCACUGCCUCGACAUGAAGCAUUUGUCCACGUUAGACUACGCCUCCAUCUCGUCCUCCUCCAUCCCAUCCUCUCUGUCUCCCCCACUCGUAUCCUGCAUCUCCUCUGCCAGUGGGGUCUAUGACCCCAGUCCACCGCAGAGUGAAGAACACCUAACCAACAUGGACUACACAAACAUGCACAGCUACAGGACGGAGCCGGACACGCACAACUCGAUCAAGUUGGAGCCGGAGUCGCCUCCGCAGUACUCUGACAGUCACGUGUUCUCCAAGCUUCAGGACGAAACGUCAGCAGGAGCACUAAACAUCGAGUGUCGCGUGUGUGGAGACAAAGCCUCUGGGUUUCACUAUGGCGUCCAUGCCUGUGAGGGCUGUAAGGGUUUCUUCAGACGCACAAUCAGGUUAAAGUUGGUGUACGAUCACUGUGAUCUUCACUGUCGCAUUCAUAAGAAAUCCCGCAACAAAUGCCAAUACUGUCGCUUCCAGAAGUGCCUCAAUGUCGGCAUGUCACACAACGCCAUUCGCUUUGGCCGGAUGCCCCAGGCGGAGAAGGAGAAACUGCUGGCUGAGUUCUCGUCUGACAUGGAGCACAUACACCCGGAGGCAGCAGAUCUAAGGGCUCUGUCCCGGCAUCUGUAUGAGGCUUAUCUAAAAUACUUCCCCCUCACUAAGGCCAAGGCCAGGGCCAUCCUUUCUGGGAAGACCGGAGAUAACGCGCCUUUUGUCAUCCAUGACAUGAAGUCUCUAAUGGAAGGAGAGCAGUUUAUUAAUUGUAGUCAGAUACCCAUCCAGGAGCACCAGCAGCAGACAUCCACAACAGCUGCACAUGGAGGUCUCUCAGGAGCUCACCCGGGGUCAGAGUGUGGCAUUUUGGACGCUGUGGAGCUGCGUUUCUUCCACAGCUGUCAAUCACGUUCGGCCGAAGCAGUGAGAGAAGUGACAGAGUUCGCCAAGAGUAUCCCAGGAUUCAUCAAUCUGGAUCUCAAUGAUCAGGUAACUUUGCUGAAGUACGGUGUGAUUGAGGUCUUAAUCAUCAUGAUGUCGCCUCUGAUGAACAAAGACGGGACCCUCAUCUCCUACGGACAGAUCUUCAUGACGCGGGAGUUCCUCAAGAGUCUCAGGAAACCCUUCUGUCAAAUGAUGGAACCAAAGUUUGAGUUCUCAGUCAAGUUCAACACGCUGGAGCUGGACGACAGCGACAUGGCGCUGUUUCUGGCUGUCAUUAUCCUCAGUGGGGACCGUCCAGGCUUGCUGAAUGUGAAGCCCAUCGAGCAGCUUCAGGAGACGGUGCUCCAUUCACUAGAGCUGCAGCUAAAGCUGAACCACCCAGACUCUCUGCAACUGUUCGCCAAGGUGCUCCAGAAAAUGACCGACCUGCGUCAGAUUGUCACUGACCACGUGCACCUCAUCCAGCUGCUGAAGAAGACGGAGGUGGACAUGUGCUUACACCCACUGCUGCAGGAGAUCAUGAAGGACUUGUAUUAGAAUUUAACAGGAGAAAAGGACAAGUGGUGAGACAGAUAAAAGAGCGAUUAAAGAGAGAUUUUAUUUUUGAAAUCAUGACUUGUGAAAUUGAACGAGAAAGCACUUUGUGCUACUGACGUGUUUUUAAAAAAAGAGGGCGGUAGCCAGACAGGCUGACUGAAAAUGAAAAAGAGAUGAGGAAGAACAGGAAAAGCGAAAUCAAGGAAAGAAAGAAUCUGAGUGUUAGAGUUUGUCUAGACAGCAGCAUGUGAAUAACUUGCAGUGCACAGUCAUUUAGCCACUGCUGAGCCUGGACAUUUUGUGAAUGAGUAGGCUGCCAACUUAAAUAUGAAACUACCACCUAUCGCACCAAUCGGGACGAGGAUCUAUGACUAACUGAAAGAGUGGGGACUUUUAUUGGCAGGCUGAACCUUAAAAUGUGUAAGUGCUCAAAACAGCCUGCUUCAAGUGCCUCAAGGAGAAAUAUAUCACUGUGAAUAUUUUACACCACGUGUCACACAGUAUGUGUCGUUCAUGUGCAGCUUGUCUACACGUUGCGUUACAACCGUCAUAGACAGCAGCAGUGUGUAUGUGCUUCAAUACCUCUGUGAACACGCACAAAUGCAUGAAUGCUUGCGCGCGCGCACACACACACACACACACACACAAACACUGAACAGUCACUUUCUGUUUUGGCAUCAGCGUGAAGGUGCUAUCUCUUUCAGCUAUCAGCUUUAUCCAAAGACAGAAAUCAGAUAAUUGCCUGUAACAUAUUUUAGUGUUCGUCACCUGCAGAAACUGUGAGAAAGUGUGAAGCCAACAAAAUGCACAUUGUCAUGAUGAUGUCAGCGCUUUGUUAAAAAAUUAAACAGUAUACUCCAUA